AUGCAAUUGAAGAUUACUGCGCAUUUAAUAUUCUUCACUUGCUUGGUAUCAUCUCUGAGAGGUAAAGCAUUGCAUCCCAAAGGAUGUUACGAGUGCGAAGAAGAAGUAUGGGAAGAAGUUCCUUGUGCUGAUAUACCAUCGAAUAGUACAACUGUAUCGACUCCCUAUUACUCUACAACACCUAUUUACAAACCACCCACACCAAGUCCAAAACCUCCUACGACCAAACCAACUACGGUCAAACCCACAACUAAAAAAUAUACAACGACCACACGUGCGCCACCCACUUAUGCACCUUAUCCCACUACAGUAAGUCCAGAAUAUACCACACCCCAAGAUCCAUACAAAAAAUGUUACUGUGAGUGUAAACUUGGUUGCAAGGAAUUCUGUCGAAAAGUCGUUAUCAAUUCUCCUGACAAACAAAUCGUUCAGGUAUCAAAAAUAUCAGAACCAGUGGAAAAGGGUCGCAUUGAGUCUACACACUUUCUACAGCGAGAACUUAUACCUAAAGCAGAUCAUAGUUUAUGA